AUGCCACCAGAAAGAAGCACGAGGGCAAGGAUACUGCCGGGUUGCCCAAGGCUAGACAGAGUAAGUCGACAGGCAGAGCGGGUCGGGUUCGAACCACCACGGACCUUCCGGUUCAUUGAGAACAUAAAGUUGACGAAAACUCGGGAACUACGCCUACCUGAUGAGAUCCAUGAAACAGGAGGAGUCGGGAGGCAGGGCGUGUCGAGUUCAGACCAUAGAUCUUCCAGUCAGCUAAUGCGCGCUCUGACCACUGAGUCAUCUCGCCGAAUUGUCGAGCGGGGCGAGAUUGCUCAGUGGUUAGGGCGGGAAUAUACUGACCGGAAGGUCCGUGUUUCGAACCCGACCCGCUCUGCCUCUCGACUUCGCCUGUCUAGGCUUGGGCAACCUGGGGCAGUAUCCCAGCCCUCAUGCAACCUUCGGGUGGCAUGGCAGCUAGGCACCGGAAGGGUGCUACAGCUGAACGAUUUUUUCAUAAGUCCAGCAGACUUUAUCAGUGUUAAAUACACCCUGAAUAUUGAAAUGGCGCCUAAUGUUGCUUACCUUCGUUUAAGUCGGCCGUCUGUUGAGAAUUUGACCUCAUCAUCAGUGAACAGUGGAGUUGGCAACGGCACUGGAACCUCAAGCGGUGGAGUACCAGGAGCUGGGUCAAGCUUGUGGACAAAAUUGCCUCAUUUUAGCGCAAAAAUGAAGCAAAAGUCCCACGGACAUUUGCUCAUGAGUCGUAAACCCAAAUACAUGGUAAAAAACCACGUCCUACAGGAACGCGCGCUGGAAGAAAUCUCCUAUUGUUCGGUAUGCUCAGACCUGAUCUGGGGGUUGAGUCCACAAUCCCUGUCUUGCUGUUACUGUGACCUUAACGUUCAUCAGAAGUGCCGCGCUGGUGUCCGUGACGUGUGUUCAAGAGAGGGCCGUAAAUCACUAUCCUCGAGUAUUGCAACCGCGACUAAAUUCUCUCCACCGGAGGUUGCUGUCCCACAGAAAGUUGUCGCCGGAAUUCCACCGUCCGGUUCGAUAAUGCAGGAUGUUGCAGGAAACAGCACGUCAGACUGCUCCUGUCCGGCCUUGGGCAGUCUGGCAUUAACUCGUAGCUCCGUUGGGCGGCAAAACAGGCAUGAAUAA